ACAUUUGUUAAAUUUUGCUGUUUCAUAAUUCUUGUACUGUUAAAUAUUUGAUGAAUAGCCUAUGAUAUGCCAUUUAAUAUCAAACUCCAUUGUAACAACCCAGCAUAGUGUGGCAACACCUCCGUUAUUAGGACAUGGUGUCACAACUGUCAACAUGUUCAAUGAACUUUGAACAUAAGUAUCAUUAUUCCUGAACAAUAACUGUAAAAGUUCAAAUAUGUUUUAACAGACUAUACAACAAUUAACCAACUCUAAGAAAUACUCACAGGAGUAAGAAGUGAAAAUUAGCUGUAACAAUUCACGAUUUAUGAAACUGAUCUACAACAACAGGAACUUGUCAAGUCUGAACACCACUCUGCAUCUGUUAGUAAUAUGAGCUCUCAGAAAUGACUAAUUGUUAAGAAAGCAGAUUUCAUCUUGGCUUAUGACAAAAUUAGAUGUCUGUUCACUGAGCUUUUUCAUCAGAGUCACAGAUUUUAUUAAUCUCAUUAAAACUUAAAUUUCUCACUCCCCAUCAUGUUCUUGUUUAUAAUUGCUUGCCACAUAGUCCUCUAGACAUUCCUCUGUUCAGCUCCCCUUUGACCUACAAGUGGGAGGGCAACUUCAUAUUUUGUGCACAAGUUACUUUGCAAUCAUUUAUAAUUUCACAUUUUCGGAUGCAGGAGAAAAUCAGAAAGAAAAAGUUUAGAAAGAAAUUAAACAAUUUUUACGUACGCGCGCACACAUUACACAGUCAUUUUUUAAAUCAGAUUAUCAGAACAACAAAAAAACAAGCAUUGGGUCUGUAUGACAAAGUUCCUCUUUACCUAGAUGUGUACGAACAGGAGAGAGAUGCCAAAUUAAACAAUGCCUUGGAGAAUUAUAAGAGCCAGAACAGUUAAAAACGAGACUGUGGUAGUAAGAGCAUCCAGUCUGGCAUGAAAAUGAGGUGCUGUGUUUUUCUGUUUCUGCUCCUGCAGGUUUUGGGAGUUUUAGGCUUUCCUCUGUUUGAUGAUGCUCUGCAGAUAGCACUCAAUCGGAUCAAUGCACGCAUUGCCACCAAUCACCUCUACAGAGUGUCCAAGGAGUCUGUAAAGAGGAUUGUUCCUCUGGGAAUGGGCACGUUUGAUCUGCAUCUGAGGUUUGGCAUUAGGGAGACGGAGUGUCAGAAGAGCUCUGGGGUCGAUCCUCAGGGCUGCAUGUACCGCAAAGGUUUUUUUGUGUCGGAGGCAGGUUGCUAUAUCAGAGCCAUAGUGAACCAGGAUAUCACUCGCAUCAUCUCUCUCUCAGAUGCACAAAGGCCGACAGCUCGAGCUCUGAGUCCAAUGAGGAGGGGGGGUUAGGAUUAUACUAUGAUUUAAAUCAUUUUGGGACUGGAGACCGCACACAUUCAACUUCAGCACCAAGCAUUAAUGUGGUUCCACCAAUACAUGCAGGUCAUCAUGACAACACUGAAACCAACCAUGUUCGUGGAGACCACUUCAACAAUCACCUGCCAUAUCACUGACCUGCUGGAUUAAAUCACAUGAAGAUUCUUCAUACAAACAUUAAGGUGCUACAAACAUAAAGCUAAAUGAAAAGACUACUGUACUAAGGAUUUUGCCAAUGGCUACCAAUAACUACAUCCUCCACUGAAACAUGAAACAGGAUUAUUAACAAUCUUUCUACAAAUAAAAACCUGCUGGCAUUAACCUCCACGAGAAACCCAAUAAAAACAGAAACAUGUAUAAUUACAUUUUAAAUUACACAUUUUGCAGAGAGAUAUGCAGAGCAUGAUGUUCAUAGACCUUCGAUGGAUCAUGACCUGAUACUUUAAUAAUUUAAUAUCAACUUCAGUUAGUCACUUCUCAACAGCCUGAAAAGUUUCAUGAUAUUGUAAAUACAUUCAAUAAACAAAUUCUUCAAAAUCAAAUGUGGACAUGAGAUAAUAUGCAUACUUUGUACUAAUGGAAAGUAGCUCUUAUAGAGCCAUUAUAGGUGCUCACUGUAAGAUUCUAAAGUUGUAUGUCAUGUCUAAAUGGGAAAAAUAUGCCAGAAUCCUUUAACAAGUAAAACCUACAGGGAAAUGUAACUUCCUAAUGGCCUCUUUUUGUAAGAUGAUAAUAUUUUUAUCUGUUAUUUGAUACGCAUGGUCUAGAAUCUUAAGGCGUGGCUGUAUUCACGAGCCAAUGAUACAAGUUGUAAUACAGGAUAUACGAUAAAUCUAUGUGAAUAAUGAUUGUGUCAUUCAGUCACAUGACUUAAAAGCCUAUCUCUCCAUAGGUGAACAAUUUGUAAAAGUAAGCAUGAAUGUUCACCAGAGGAAGUAAGGACCAACAAGGAACAGCAAGGCAGUCAUUUGUUUUACCUAAACAAAGAUACUGCAGCAAAUGAGAAUAUCUACAAUUUAAACAGGUCUAAUAA